UUCACAGAAAUAAUUGUGGAUGGAGGGGCCUGGCAGUCCUCGCUUCAGAAAGCUGCACUUCCCAGUCGGUUUGUGGAUCAACUCUCCCAGGAAACAUUUUGCCAAACUAGGACGCCGUUGGCCCAGCGCCAUCUCUGUCAAGUCCACUACCAGCUCUGACGCAGCCUCGCUCCACGAGGCCCCCUCUGCUCCUUCCUCUUCCCUUUCCAACUCCACCCCUUCGCUGGCUUCCCCUUCCCCAUCCCCGUCUCCUUCCCCGGCCGUCCUCAGGCCUCGGCCCGCUGGCCCCCAGUCCCGCACAAAGCGUCUCUCUCAUCUCUUCCUGCGGGGACGUUCCAACAGUGACCGGGACCGGGCGGUGGGGGAGACAGAGAGAGAGAUCUGGGCUCAAUCGGCUGCCCCUUCCUCCCACCACUACUUGCCCACUGGCUCCUCCACAGGCCUGAUCAAGAUCUAUGGGGAUGCUCUCUACGGCGGCGCCAACUAUCGCUCUCUGCUGGCCAACAUUCACUCCACAGCCAGGCAGCUCAUCGACCAGGUCAUCACUCGCUACACGGACAGAGAACGGGAGGAGACGGAAGAUGCAGUUAUCCAGAAACACAGCCCUGAGGACUUCUUGUUGUGUGAUGUCAUUGGAAAGCCUGUCCAGCAGCCAGAUGGGACUACCAAAUGGGAGACAGAGUGCCGCAGAAGCGUUGCCCCAUGGGAAUGUCCUUUGUUGUUGGUGGACAUGUGGCGGCCUAAGGAUGGGUUUGAGCGACGCUUUGAAAUCCAAAGGAAGGAAGACUAUGAGAGAGAAGAAAGAGAGAAGGAGAAGGAGCGGGAGAAGAAGGGGGAGAGCCACAGUGGUGUGCGCUGGCGGAGGAGCAGAAUGUCAUCGGGACCAGAUGGAAGCGACAGCGGUCACCGUGCAAGGAACAGUGAACUCCGGCGAAGCAUCAGCGACAUGAACUUGAGUUUGCGCCGCCGUCAAGGCAACCAUGUCAGCAAUGACCCGCGUGGUUCAGGCAACCGCCCCAACAACAACGAAGUGGCGCCGGACAGAAAGAACAUUGUGAGCAUGAUCAGCCCACAGCCAGGACAGGUCAGAGCAUCGAGAGCUGAAGCGAAGGUCCGAUGGACAAAUCAGCCAGCAGACCAUGAGAAGGAUUACUCCAGCUGUGACCUGGAAGUGAUGUCACAAAGCCUGAUCCUUCCCCCCACAGACCGGCCCUACUUCCUGUUGCUGCAGGGCUAUGAUCAGAGCAAGGACUUUGUUUUGUACAUCAUGACGGGGCAUACGCAUGUGUUUGGGAGAAAACCCACAAUAAACGAGAGGGAGAAGGAUAGAGAAAGAGAGAGGAAGGGGAAGAAGCCCCUGAAGGUGGAUACGUUCCUGUCCGCCCCUGACCUUUUGGUCAGACACCUGCUGGUCAGGAGAGACGCUGCUGUUCCAGAGACGCCCACUGGACAAGGUAUCAAAACCCCUCAAUCUAAAAAGAGUGAAAUAAAAAACAACAAUUAAACAUAAAGUUUAAUUAAAUCAACUUCCACCCCAGCUCUGAUGCGACCCUUCAGAGGAGGUGUAGUCACGCACAAUGGAGUGGCCAUGUACAGGGAGACUGUCCUAAGGCCCGGGGAUGUGAUUGGUCUGGGAGACCACUUCCUGUUCUUGUACCGUGACCCUCGUGUGAGCCCUGCCCCGCCGCUUGCACUGACGCUGCUAUGGGAGGCCGACAUGUCCACCACCUGCUGCCCUUCAGGUGUAGCGGACAGACAAGAGGCACUGAGGAAUUAUCUGGGGUCCACUGAGGCAGUGUUGAAGUUCCAUUCCCGCCACGCAGAUACCUUGUUACAGGAGAUAAUCUCUAAAAAUUCCUCUCCAGACUCUGGUGGGGGGCCUUUAGCUCCUGCAUAUCUGCUGUCAAUCAUGAUUGAUCACGCCUCCAAACACCUGGACCCUGCUCUCACACCUCAGAUAUUACUCAAAUCAGCCAAUCUGAUCAAAGAGAUCGUCUGGGAUAACAUUAAGGAAUUCGGGGAUAAGCAUCCCACGCAAAAUUCCACAGAGCAAGACGUGGAGAUAAGCACGCCCAACGUCCAAACACUGUCGUCCGACCUGCGGCCCCUCAUGUUCUGGAUGUCCAACGCAACAGAGCUGCUGAACUUCUUCCAGGUCAAAGUUGAAAACAUGGAGAAGGAGUGGGAAUUUGAAGCCCCCGGGGAUCCGGUUCUGACAGCUGACAUGGACACCUGCUCAGAGGCGCUGGCACAGCUGGAUGAUGUCAUCAUGCACACCUUCCAGCAGUGUGUGUAUCACCUCACCAAGACCCUGUACUCCCUACUUCCAGCUCUCCUGGACACUAACCCCUUUUCCAACGACGAGAAGGAGAAAGAGAAGGACGCAGCCGGCAGUGCAGAGGGAGAAGAGAGAAAAGAAGGAGAAGUGGAUGACGUGUCCAUCUUGCCUCCAAAGGUUGCUGGACUGGUGGAAGUGUAUCGCUGCUCCUUGAUGCUGUCUCGUGAGGCGUGCCUGUCUCCGCCUCUCACCUCCCAGACUUUUGGUUACCUCUUCUUCUUCACCAACACAUCUCUGCUAAAUACUUUGCUGGAAAGAGACGGGCUGUUUUCAUGGUCCAGAGCAGUCCAGAUCCGUACAAACCUGGACCUGGUUCUGGACUGGCUGCAGGGGGCAGGGCUAGGAGACAUAGCUUCAGAAUUUAUGAAGAAGCUGUCCAUCACCGUCAACUUCCUGUGCGUUCCCAAAACCCGACUCAUUCAGUCCUCCUGGUCCAGCCUAAAAGAAGAGCAUGAACUGGUAAGUCCUGCCCAGCUACACCACCUGCUCACUCAUUACAAACUGGGACCCACCAGAGCUCCACCAGCCUCCUGGGCUCCUCCACCCGGCACAGAUCUGAGCGGAGACAUCUUCGAGAGCUUUCUGGACCACCCUCCUCUCAUCCUGCCCAAUGAGACGCCCCGCCUUGACCUCUCGCAGCCAAUCCCAAGCCCCGAGCUCCAAAAGGAAGUGACACGUCUCCGCACUUUCCUGUGGGGACUCGAUCAGGAUGAGCUCCCUGCUAAUCAGAGGACCCGGCUCUGAAGAAUGCAAGCACCAGAAAACAUUUGAACUGGAUGCGCGUCCAUUGAUCGUAUCGUUUCAUUUACUCCGUUUUAAAAAAUAUAUAUAUAUAUAUUUCCAAACAAAACACAUACUGGUUUUGUUAUGUCUGAGUCAGUUUAAA